AUGUCAAUCAGCGGGCCCUGUGUUUGGUUGUCCUCAUUAUCACAACCUUCUACUUCACAUCUUCCCGGCAUCACCAACCAUUGGUCGACAGCUUCUUGGAAUAGCAGCGAGCAAGUCGCACCGAAGCCGAGGGCUAUCCCGUCCAAAUUGCCCGGGCCGUGGGAGAGAGAAGGCGAGCCUACAAAGACGCCUUCGGCCGACAUGCAGCCCGCUGUGAUCAAGGCUGAGAAUGCCUUUCCAGCUAUUGCUGCCGCCGGCUCAUCUAGCCCAAUCAGGCCCAUUGGGGGGACAAAUCCCCAUAAUAGCUUAGUGAACCACAACACAGGCACGGGAACGGAGCCAUUGGUUCAGAUGGGACAGGAGAAAAUCAGCCAGAGCGGACCUCACCAUCCACAUGCUGAAGGAGCCGACGUUUCACAGAAUGCAAAAGAGACAACACCCGAGUUCAAACUUGAAGAAGAAGCGCAUGACAAGGAGAAAGGAGAUGGAGAUGCCGCAAUGAUUUCAUCGGAUGAAGGAGCUGCGUCGUCCGAAAAUGGCGACAAGAAACAGUCACCAGAUAAGCACGACAAGAAGAAGAUGAAGAGAUUCCGACUGACCCAUAAUCAAACCCGCUUCUUGAUGAGUGAAUUCACCCGUCAAGCACACCCUGAUGCUGCCCACCGAGAACGGCUGUCCAAAGAGAUUCCUGGCUUGACGCCACGGCAAGUUCAAGUUUGGUUCCAGAACAGACGGGCGAAGCUCAAGCGACUCACAAGCAACGACCGGGACCGAAUCCUUAAAUCCAGAGCAUUGCCCGAUGACUUCGAUACAACCCAAGUGCUACGGACGCCGUUUGAUCACAGAACAACCUCAGAGGCACCUGUUGCGUCUCCCCAAUUUACAUUCACUUAUGGCAAGGAUACUAAUGCUUUGAAGAUGCUGCUUACCGAUGGGAUUCCUCGGAAUGAUGACGAUUAUGUGAUCUCGCCCCUCAGCUCAGCCUCGACAACGAAUGGAUUCCCUUCAGCUGGACCGGAUCGACACUUCAAUGAUUAUACACAUACAGCAGCCAUCGCGAAUAGGGGCGCUCAUACACCUCUUACCGACAUGAGCCGACAUAACCGCGGCACGUUUCCGUUCCCCAGAUCCAGCAGCUUUUCUGAGGCUUCGUUUCACAAUGGACUUCACUACCCGGGGCGAUAUUCAAGGCCUGGGCUUGAGCCGCUCGUUCAUCCGAGCAUGGCAUACAGUCGUCGCCCCUUGGAUUAUGGUAUCAAUAGGUCGGCGAACGGUAUGGUGGUAGGGUAUGAUCAACAGCGAGCCAUCGAGGGCUCUGUAUCCCCAACUGGACAGCCGGAUCAACAAGCUCACUAUAACGUCGAUGGACAUAACCAGCAGGCGCACAACUACCAAUCCCCAUUAGCCAUGCCGGCACCCAAGGCCUUUGGUGGCAUUGACAUGAAUGCACAUAUGCAACAACAUGGGAGGCAGAUACCCGCCAUGCAAUCCAUCCCGGUCUCGGAGGCGCCCGACUACCGACCCUAUUCAUAUGAUCACCACCAAUACCACAUGAAUACCGCCAUGCCAUAUAGCCAAGCCAACGCCUCCAGCAUGAGCCUUCCCGCCUCCUUUCCGUCGGAAGCCAAUAGUGUUUCCCAAGGACCGGUGGUCAGCACUGCAGAAGACCGAAUCAACAAUCCUCCGCAAUUGAUCGAUCCUUUGAGGGCCAAAUUUGGCAACCAGACCUUCGAAUAUGCCAACUACCUCUAA